CUUGGUGCCGCCUCUGGCUCAGGAGUCUGUCAACCAUCUGAAGGUAAAGUUUUUAUUUCGUGAAAUCCAUAGAAAAAGAAAGGGCCACUGCUCUGAAGCUCAGCUGACGAGAAGGAGGGUGUGCAGCUGCAAGUUCGAGAGCUAUCGGACCCCAAAAGCAGGGGUGGGUCCUAGCACUCUGCGCGCCGAGACCCUCUACGCCGAACCAUGGGCACCCAAAAGCCGCGGAUCCUGCCCUGGCUGAAGUUGCAGCUGGACUUGGGGCGGCUGGAGGGGGUGGCCUGGCUGGACGAGAGUCGCACGCGCUUCCGCAUCCCGUGGAAGCACGGCUUGCGCCAGGAUGCCCAGCAGGAGGACUUCGGCAUCUUCCAGGCCUGGGCCGAGGCCAGUGGCGCCUACACUCCUGGAAAGGAUAAACCUGAUCUGCCCACCUGGAAGAGGAAUUUCCGAUCGGCCCUGAACCGGAAGGAGGUGUUGCGUUUAGCUGAGGACCGGAGCAAGGACCCCCACGACCCCCACAAGGUCUAUGAGUUUGUGAACUCAGGAGCUGGGGACUUUCCUGAGUUGGACACCUCUCCAGAUACCAAUAGCAGAUGCAGUCCCUCUGACACCCAGGAAGAAAUACUGGAGGAGUUACUGAGUGACAUGGCCUUGGCCCCAUUCCCAGAUGGGGGGCCCUCGAGCCUGCCUAUGGUCCCUGAGGAGACCCCUCCAUUCUUGCUGAGCCCCAGCGUAGACAUCCCUGCCCCCUGCCCAAACCUGCAGCCCCCGGAAAACCCACUGAGGCGGCUGUUGGUGCCUGAGGAAGAGUGGGAGUUCGAGGUGACUGCCUUCUACCGGGGCCGCCAAGUCUUCCAGCAGACUGCCCUCUGCCCGGGGGGCCUGCGGCUGGUGGCGUCAGAUGCAGACCAGACACUGCCUGGACAGCCAAUAAUCCUGCCAGACCCCGGGGUGUCGCUGACGGACAGGGGCGUGAUGGGCUACGUGAGGCGUGUGCUGAGCUGCCUCGGUGGGGGGCUAGCUCUGUGGAGGGCGGGACAGCGGCUCUGCGCCCGGAGGCUGGGGCACUGUCACACGUACUGGGCCUUGGGCGAGGAGCUCCUCCCUGACAGUGGCCACGGGCCCAGCGGCGAGGUCCCCAAGGAUGAGGAAGGAGACGUGUUCGACCUGAAGCCCUUCGUGGCAGAACUGAUCGCCUUCAUCGAAGGAAGCGGACACUCACCACGCUACACCCUCUGGUUCUGCGUUGGGGAGCCAUGGCCCCAGGACCAGCCGUGGAUCAAGAAGCUCGUGAUGGUCAAGGUUGUUCCCACUUGUCUCAGGGCCCUGCUGGACAUGGCACGGUCAGGGGGCGCCUCCUCACUGGAGACCACCGUGGACCUGCACAUCUCCAACAGCUACCCACUCUCCCUCACCUCGGACCAGUACAAGGCCUACCUCCAGGACCUGGUCGAAGACAUGGAUUUCUAGGUCACUGGGGAGAUCUGACCCCUCACUCCUCACGGAUGAUGGCCUCUUGUGCCCUCACCUUGGCCAAUAAACUGUUUCUUACCACUGUCA